GUCCCUCAGAGCAUGGGCGCGGUGCCCCACGCGCCGGGCAUGGAUUAUCUGCAGAAGGCGAUGGACCGGAUGGCCCCGGAGCCGUUGCGCACCGCGCGCAUCGACGCCGUGCACUGGUCCUCCCGCUACAAGACACGCUCGGCCAUCGCCGACCGCCCCUUUGCCCGGCUCCCAGGCGGCGGGGUCGUCCUCCUGGUCGGCGAUGCCGCGCAUGUGCACAGCCCCGUCGGUGGGCAGGGCAUGAGUCUGGGUAUCCGGGAUGCGAUCAGCCUGGGCCCCGCCCUGCGCGCGUACCUCGAUGCGCCUGAUGACGACCGUCGGCUUAUGGAGUGGGCCCGCUGGCGGCGCGAACGGGCUCUCGGAGUGAUCAGUCUGACAGAGCACGGGAUGCGCUUGAUCACUUCGCAGCGCAAACUGUGGUUUCCCUCGGUUGUGUACGGAAUUAUGCGGAUGCUCGGACGGUUCAAGUUUGUUCAGAAGAUGGUCGCGCAUCGCAUGAGUGGGCUGGCAGAAGUUUAGAGCUCUGAUCGUCUCCUAAGCGUACACGCACAGUGGAGUUGGAAAUCGUGUAUUUACAGGCCAAUGCAAACCCGUAUCCCCUCUCAUCAUCGCACGGUGACCGAACAGACGUGGUUCGACUGUGUGGUUCAGUAGGUUUGACCGUGAAGGCAAGGAUUUGAAGUGAUUCGAGCGGCGACAAGGAAACCAGGAUGAUCAAAUGUACACGAAGCAUUCGAACGUGUAUGGUAGUAUGAUUCUUCUCCGAGGCCAGAUUGUCGACCACAGGUUCAAGUAUCACGGGGGAAAGACGUAUGUAGACUCAGAAUUGGAAUCGGUGACAUGACUAAGCAGUCAUUUCCUGUCAUUCGCAAAUAUAUGUCACUCAGGCUGUUACCACGAUUCACCAUCUUUUCGGGCGCAAACUGCUCCCUGUGCGACGUGCGUUUCUCCAGCUGCCAGUCCUGCCGCCUCCCGACUCAUACGAUCUCCUAUCAAGAUCGCUAAGCUUGAGCUCAGUCGCGUUCGCCAAACUGUGAGCUGCGGGCUCACCCAAUUUAGCUGCCCGCGCCCUCACACUGUCUAGCGCCCAUUCGAGAUCGACACGGUCGACAUUCACGCGCCAGGCAACGAAAAGUGGAACAAGAAAUAUGUGUAUUGGAUCCCUGCGCUGCACCUAGACGGACAGGAAGUCGCCAAAGGCCGCUGGGACGCAACGAACGUGAACGCGGCGCUGGAUCGAUGGGAGGAGAAUCGGAGGAAGACGCAGGGAGUGGACAAGAAGGCGUCGUGAUAGGCAGUGAGCCUACGUUGCCGUUCUACAGCCAGCCUUACCCCGCCCACCAAGGCGUAUGGGAACCGUCUGGACUGUACGCCCGGUACAACGACAAUAACGAUGGCGACGACGAUAUCCAUCCUCUGGGUUCACCCGACCGGCUCCCGCCAGAUCCGUACGCUUCCAGCAACACCCAGCCGCGGUGCUUCAACUGCGGCGACCAGACACACGUGCUGUCGGCGUGCCCUCACCGCCGUGACGCCGCGCUCGUCGCGCUCUCGCGGCAGAUCUACGAUUUCGAGCACGCGCGGGGCGGCGCGGCGCGCAGUCUGAAGGAGUUCGCGGAGCGACUGCGCAAGGCGGAUUGGGUCGCCGGGCCGCACGCGUUUGUUCCCGGGAGAGUGAGCUUUGAGCUGCGUAGGGCGUUGAGGUGGCGCGCGGACGGCGAGGAAGAGGAAGAACAAGUGGGGGGAGACGAUGUCCUAGACGAUAGCGACCCAAGAUGUGAAUGUGACGACGACGGACGAGAUCAUCCGUGGUUGAGCAAUAUGGCGCUGUGGGGCUAUCCGCCUGGAUGGGUUGCGGUGCAGGAUCCUCGAGAGGAGAUGUUGGCUAGGAUCAUGCACGAGAACAACCAAGACGACGACAGCAGCGACGGGGAAGGUGUGAUGAAGAUAUGGGGCGAAAACGGGGAAGAAGAGAUCCUGCUUACUCCCGACCCCGCACGCUCCUCGAUGGACGCUGAAAGCGUAGCCCCGACAUCCGACAAGAUGGUCACGAUGAAGCGAUGGGCGCAGUAUCCGGACCUGCAUUUUGUGUGGGAUCGACUGACGGUCUAUAACGGUCUCCUGCUCAGCGAACAUGGGCUUCGCCCGCCUCCUCUGAGGGGUCCACCCCCAGAACCUACAGAACGGCCACCUCCGCCACCACCAGACCCUCCGCCACCAGAACCUCUACCUCCCGCACCGCCUGUCUCUGUCACAGCUUCAUUUUAUCAGUCGCAGGGGUAUCCGUCCUACGGUUACUAUUGGCCGGCUGGUACUUAUGCCGUUCAGACGUACGCUCAGUCAGCGCAGAGCGAGUCUGUGGCUCUACAGGAUCAGGGAGAAGAGGAAAUGGAUCUAUCUGAUUGAUUCAACUCUUCGUCGCUUUUGAAUAGAAUUCUCUAUGUUCGUUACCCGUAUUGGUGCUUGGCGCAAAUGGGGAUCAAGUUUCCAAAUACAGAUCGGAG